CUGGUGCAGAAGUAUUUGUGUGCUCGAAAGCUUCACUCUCUCUUCUAACCACUGCAGCUGCCUGCUGAUAAAUCUGUUCCACUGUAUUGCUGGUGAAUGUUUGUACGUGUACAAAAUCUAAGCAGGCUCACAGAACUGAACCUACAAGGUGCCACAGAAGACUCUCAGCUGCAAAAGGAGAUAAAUAUACUCCCUGGCUGAAAAGUAAUUGCCCAUUUAGAGCCAUGGAAGGAAGAAUUUAGCAGGCAGCUUGCUCUGGCUUCCCAGCCCUUCUCCUGUUAAUAAAUCAUUGUGAACAGGCAAAUCAGCAAGCAAGCAACCGCCUGCCUUUCUGUUCUCAAAGCAACAAAAGACAUCAGCGGGAAAACCUGAAAUCUUUAAAAUUUAGCAUAAUUUGUGGUCUUUCUCUUUGUUUUUUCUUCCCUUAGACCAUAAGAAAUGGGUGACUGGAGUUUCUUGGGGAACAUUUUAGAGCAGGUGAACGAGCAAUCCACUGUCAUCGGGAGAGUUUGGCUCACGGUGCUCUUCAUUUUCCGCAUCCUGAUCCUGGGCACGGCUGCCGAGCUCGUGUGGGGAGACGAGCAGUCAGACUUUGUGUGCAACACCCAGCAACCAGGUUGUGAGAACGUCUGCUACGAUGAGGCCUUCCCCAUCUCCCACAUCCGGCUCUGGGUCCUGCAGAUCAUUUUUGUAUCCACCCCUUCACUAAUGUACUUCGGGCAUGCUGUGCACCACGUCCGCAUGGAGGAGAAGAGGAAAGAGAAGGAGGAAGCCGAGAGGCGCCAGCAAGCCGAGGUGGAUGAAGAGAAGCUGCCCCUGGCUCCAAACCAAAACAAAGGCAACAACCCUGAUGGAACCAAGAAGUUUCGCCUGGAAGGUACUCUCCUGAGAACGUACAUCUUCCACAUCAUUUUCAAAACCCUCUUUGAGGUGGGAUUCAUAGUAGGUCAGUACUUCCUGUAUGGCUUCCGAAUUCUCCCCCUUUACCGCUGCGGGCGGUGGCCCUGUCCCAAUCUUGUGGACUGUUUUGUCUCCAGGCCCACAGAGAAGACCAUCUUCAUUAUGUUCAUGCUGGUGGUGGCCUCCGUGUCCCUCUUCCUCAACCUGGUGGAGAUCAGUCAUUUGAUCUUGAAAAGAAUCCGGAAGGCUCUGAGGAGACCGGCGGAGGAGCAGCUUGGAGAGGUCCCAGAGAAGCCCCUCCAUGCCAUCACAGUCCCUUCCAUCCCAAAGGCCAAAGGCUACAAGCUGCUGGAAGAAGAGAAGCCAGUGUCCCACUAUUUCCCUCUCACGGAAGUAGGGGUUGAGCCCAGCCCCCUUCCAUCAGCCUACAAUGAAUUUGAGAAGAUUGGAAUGGGACCACUGGAAGAUCUCUCCAGGGCAUUCGAUGAGAGGUUACCAUCCUACGCGCAAGCAAAGGAACCAGAAGAGGAGAAGGUACGAGCAGAGGAGGAGGAACGAGAGGAGGAGCAGCCAGGGCCUCAGGAAGAGCCGGGGGUGAAGAAAGCAGAAGAGGAGGUGGUGAGAGAUGAAGUGGAAGGGCCUUCAGCACCUGCUGAGCUUGCUGCUGAUAUAAGACCCCUGAGCAGGCUAAGUAAAGCCAGCAGCCGGGCCAGGUCAGAUGAUUUGACUGUAUGAAGGUGCAGGAUGCGGGGAGCACAUGGAAAGAAAAAGGUUGAAGAGAAAAGGAGAGAUAGAGAAAGAGAAAUAAUCAAAAGAUAUUUUUAAGCAAAGUGCUAAAAUGGCCACUUGAAUAUGAUUUCCUUUUAUGAUUCUCAACUGGAAAGGUACUACCAUGGUAACAGUGCCUUAUUUGCCCCAUAUGUCCCUGUAUUUCCCUGUUUCCACAUGCGAGCUCACUCCUUACAGUAAUAUCUACACUGUGCACAUAACUGAUGUAUUUUAAAGCCUAACGUGGCAGUGAUACCCAAAUGUCACCACUGUGAUCAUAUUUACUGAAAGCCUUGUGUUCCACAUUUCUUUAGAAAUCGGGGGUGGAUCUGUAUUUUAGCCAGUGAGGGGAAAGGCUGAUCAACAACUGUAUCUAGUCUUUCUCUUUCUGUUUCCUCCUAUGGCUCACUGAGCAGAUCUCCCCUUUGCUGUUGGCAUGGAAUUGCAGUUAUUUAAUUCACAAAGUGAAUUCUAUGCUUAGCAUCAACACACUAAAAUACUAAGCCCAACUUUCCUUCUUUAUUCAGAAAAUAAAGGCAAAAGUGUUCCAAAUUUCUCUGUGAAUGCAUAUCUGAGUUAGGUAACUAUAUUUUCCCUGGUCAAAAAUAUUUCUGCUCUUCAAAUGACAUUGAUAGUGGGCAAGGUUAAGAAUAGCUCUCUACCAGGACUUAGCAGAUGCCCAGAGAUAGAUUAUUUAUUCCCAAGAGGGUCAUCCAGCCCUGAGACUAGUUCAGAAUACUGAAAGGAUAAAUACUUGUAGCUUUGUGACUUAAAGAUUUGAAACUAGAUUUAGCCAAGCAAGAGGGAAAAAAUCUUCUGACAAAGGAGAGGACAGCUACAGCCCCCAGAUCAUGAAACCAAACACAAACCUUCAUAGUAUGAUCCUGACAAGUGUUCAGUUCCUGGAGCUUCCAGGCUCCCAGGCACUCAGCAAAUCUCAGGUACAGAGUCCUGAAGGCACCUGUGAACCUAAACCAGGGGUCUGGGUAACUAUGUGACUUUUUACACUUCUAAAUACAAAACUGGUUGGUCAAGUUUGAAAACACUGAUAUGGUUAAAGUC